UUCCUGUGAAACGGAGGAAGUGAAACGUCUGUCGGAGUGCGGCUGAGGAGUCGUAUAAAUGGAUGCAUCCAUCCGGGAGGCGUCACAUUUCAUCGCUGAUGCUGAUGCUGCUUGCAGACAUGAGCAAGAAGAAGUGUCCCAUCGGAAGCAAAUGGGACAACCUUGUCAACGCCUGCAUCCUCAGCAGGGCGGAACCCAGACCUCAAUCCAACCCUCCAACAGAGCUGACCCCGGUGUUCUACCAGAGAAGCACACCGUCCGCCGUCCGCUCCGAGUCCGCAUUGGCUCUGAGUCCGGUUCUGUGGACGGUGGUGGCGUUGACUACAGCGGGGUCAGUGGUGGCUUUGGCUGUCUGGGGUCUUCUUUGCAGACGGCAGAGCAGGCGCCGUAGAAGCUCGGAAGAAAAUGUGCCUGAUGCGGAGCCUCCCCGGAAAACAGAGCCCCUUAAUGAAACGUUCCUGCCCGGAGCUGUAUCAGCACCUUCUGGCUGUACCCACUACCACCACCAGGGGGCCCACACCAUCUCAAAGUGGGACGAUGGAUUAAGUCAUUGCACGUGCCUCCUGACAUGUCAAAGCGGAACGAGUGUUACGGGAACACAAGUAGAAGAGCACAGGUUUCCACUUCCGGCCACCGAGCUGGGGGACACCGCCUUGGUUACAACUAAAACUGUGUAAAAUGAUCAACCUCUUGGACUGGAUUAAAAUGUCCCGAGGUGAAACACACACAAACCGUAUCUAACUGUAUUCUGCCUUGGACUCUUAUUUACUAUGUUCUAUUUCCUGUUUUGGUAGCGUUAGUGGCCAUUUUACUUUAAUUGAGACGACAUGAGCUCAGCUGGGGCUGAUUAUUAAUCAACGUUGCUAUUAAGGUCAGCUGGACUCAAUUAGUCCCGGCUAGUGUUGGCCAAGUUACUGUUUCAUAAAUAAAUACAUAAAUAAAUGAGAUGUUUCACGAAAUUAGAAAGGACUUGUGACUUGCAAUUCUCGACUCCAACGCUAGUGGGCAGGGUUUCCUAAUAGUUUUACUGUUUAUAAUAAAUACAAAUAAUUAGUUACUUGUUACUUUUCAACAAAAAUUGGAAAAAACUUGUGACUUAGC